UUUGAUUGGCAUCCUUUAUUUGUGCAUCACAGCUUAUUUACAAUGAAAAUGGAAUUAGGGCUCUGGGAAUUAUUAACCAGGGGGAUGUAAAAGCAAGUUGCCUUGUGAUGUGGAAGGUCUGGGUCCCCAUUCUGCAGAAAGUAUUUGAAGAAAAUAUUGCUGGUUUGCUUUGCCAGGAUACAGCUAGGACAAAUAGAGCAAAGACUGGGAGGUACCUGGAUACCUGCAUUACAGUGGGGUGCUUAAAUAAUCUCCCCCCACAGCAAAAAAGGGAAAAAAAAAAAGACACAAAAAAAAGAACAUAAAGGGAUAAAUAGGUUACUCAGAAUUAAUUCUCAUGUCAGCAGAAGGCUCAACCAUCACAGUCCGUCUUGUUCGCUCUUUUGAACACCGGAACUUCAGACCUGUGGUGUAUCAUGGAGUUAACCUGGAUCAGACAGUAAAGCAGUUCAUUAAUUUUGUGCGGAAGGAUGUGUCUUCAAGAACAGGACUUCCCCCUCCUUUUAAAAAUUACAAGUAUGAUACAAUGAAGAUUAUUCACCAAGCACACAAAUCUAAGACUGGUGAACUUGUAGUGAGUUUGGAAGAUGAUGAAAAACUGAUUUUGAAAGAAGACAGUGUGCUGAAAGCAGCUGGAGUAGCAGGUGAUGAGACCAACCAGAAAGGAGGAAGAAGAGGGAGCGUAACUGACCUGGGAGGAGCUGGAGGAAAAGCAAGGGAAGGCAGCAGGUAGCUUCACCAGGAAAGGACCGUGGAAGGAUGAUGACUUUACACUGCCUUGUUAAUAUAGCACUUGUUUUGCCUAAGCACACUAUAUUCCUGGGGGCAUGUUCAAGGCAUGCUAUGGACAUACCUGCUGUGCUGCGCGGCUGUGAUGGGCAGGAGAUGUGUCUGGGAAGGAGAACACCUCGGUAUAAAGCAGCAGCAGAAGGUACCAAGUGAGUGCUACCUUCUCCGGGACGAGGGCAGCCUGGUGCAUGUGUGCGGCUGUGCACAGCAUGCCUUCCCCCAGCAGCCCAACCACUUAGCGAGACCCGCGUGUGCUGGAAGAGUACAAACACCACGUAUUUCACCGCCGCUCAGGAGAGCCGUCCUGUGCCCAGCUACACCGACUGCUGCAGAGGGAACUGAUGCUGUCUGCCUAGUCGGUUCUGUCCAUCUGGGAUCCCUCUUUGAUGGUCUUUAAUGCGUUUUUUAAAGCCAGUUCUACUGGAGCACUGCCUCCCACACCCACCUUUGGCAAGGACACCCUCGCAGUGAGAAGUUAAUUUAUUCUAAGUACCCGAAGCAAUGCAUGUUCGUACCUGUUAGUGCUUGCACAUGGUCAGUAGUUGGUAUCAGCAUACUUUAGUGGUGGACAUGUUAUCUACAGAUGCUGAUUCUUGAAGCCUAUGGUCCGUGGGGAGCUCUUAGGACAUUUUUUCUGAAGAAAGACUACAGUGGUGUAUCCGUAUGAACUAAAUGGAAAUGCAUAUGCAAGUGUUAUCAGAAUCAAGGCUUUAGAGAGACUCACUGAAAAUCUGAGAACCUGGAAAAAGGAUGGGAGGAAUUUCUGUCUCAGUUCCUUAAACCCUGGGCAAAAUUUUCGAAAUGUUCAAAUGAUUUAGGCCCGGAAGUGCCUAAGGGCUUUUGGAAAUGGGACGUAAGCUCCCACGUCACCGACGUGCUUUCAAAAUGUUUUAUGCUUUCAGUUGAGCUACAUUUCACUUAAACUUAGAUGAAGAUGGGAAGCUGCUUAAGCCACUGUAGGGCUGCAGGGAAAACUACCCUAUGAAGAAGCAGUAACUUAACAUUUGGAAAGAAUUAGCAUUUGCCUCCAUCGUGGGUUUAACAAAAAGCUAAUUCUAGUCAGUGAUGGCAAACUUAGAGAUAACAAAUCGGUGGGUUUUAAUUCUUGGUAUGUGCUAUCUCUUACCACAGCUGCCAGUGCCUUUCCCACCUCUUGAUAGAGCCGGUGUGGCUGGCCUACUCCUUCCACCAUCGGAAAAAACGUGUUUCCCCCCGAAUCUAAACCUGCUUCUAUUUAUGGGUGUGAUGUUACAAGGCCACAGUCAAAGCAUAGUUCCUAACAAUAAAAAGCAAAACAAACCAAAAAUAAAAAGCAAAGCAAACAAAAAAAAUUAUUAUGCUUUCAAAAAGCAUGUUUUCCUGGGGUUUGGUGUGGUUUUUUUAAACAAGGACUUGUUGAGUCAUCAAUGUGUUCUUCUUUACAAUUAUGGAGGAAAUCAAAUAUGCGCAGUGACCAUGGGAUCUUGUAUUACUGUACAUUUGUUUCAUAGCAAAUGUGAUUUUAA